AUUUCGUUGGCGCUUCCCCACCACCAUCCAUCCCACAACAACGUAGCAGCAAGGACCGGUGCACCACGAGAGGUUGACCUGAUCUCACGUCGUCGCACAGCAACAAGCAACAGUAGCCAAUCCACCAUGUCGUCCAAGCUUUGGGGCGACCUACCCCUGCCGCGCCACCUCUUUGCCGACUUUGGAUCAUCAUCGUCAUCAGCAUCGUCGUCAUCGUCGCAGUUCGUGGAUGGCCAUGUGGACAGGCCAAACGCACUCCACCACCCACGAGAUCAUGAACUCGACACGCGCUACUUCAGCAGCUUCCCGAACAAAGAGGCGCUCAUCUUGGUCAAGUGCGACUCGUGCCACCGCAACGUUCUCCAGUCUGCAUACAACGACCAUGCCAGUCACUGUCACGGUGUGUCAACGUUUCAAGCCAUUCCAGUCAAGAAGAAACCGCCGGGUCCUGCAACAGCCAACGGCAAGCACCCCGCAGCCAUCAUCAAAGCGGCCCCUGCGACGUUCCCUGCCAACGGCUUCAACAUCCCGUGCCCGCUUCCGCCGCACCCCAUGCCCCCGCCACCGGGCACAGACGCUGCUGCCGUCAUUGACGUCGACGCCUCCACAUCGCCAGCGCUCUCCCAGCCCACAACCGCAGCAGCGACAGCAGCGGCAACACAGGAGCCAGCAAGCCCGCUCGACCCGGACACAGAUCCCGCACUCUUCCACUGCCUGCGCACAACGGGCGUGACGAUGGUGACGGGGCCGGCGAUUGUGCUCAACAACCCGCCUUACAUCGACCCAGCCUCUCUCCCACCUUCGACACACCCACUCCCAGCAGAUGGGCGCGUGGACUUUGAUCGCAUGUGUGGUGUUCUCAUCAUCGGAGGCGGCGGCCGGUGCCGGAAUCCACUCACGUGCAAGGUUCACACGGAGAGCGAGAAGCGGUGUGUGCGCGGGCGCACGAUGCCAUUUAACUCGCUGCUUCUUCGCCACUUUAAGGAAGAGCACGAGCGGUUGCUGUGGCAGCAGCAGCGGGAGAAAGAGCAAGAAGAAGACAAGGAACAUCAGCAGCAACUGCAGCAGCAAGCAGAACAAUCCCAAGCAGCGACAGCGGCAGAGAAGCGCGUGCCAGCCUUCAUGAGCCGCCUGCGCAUGCGUGCGAGUUCACCGGCUGCUGUUAAGUCGUAUGGGGCGCGGCGCGUGGGCACGUGCGGACAUGUGUUUGGCGCCUCCAAGGGCACACGCCGACUUCGAUAUGCGGUGGCGUACCAGCUCACACAGCAGCAGCAGCGUUUCGAGCGCAGGCAGAAGGCCAAGCAGGCGGUGGCUGGUGCUCACAGCUCGACCAACACCAGCAGCAAAGGCCACAAGGGUAGCGAAGAUGGCAGGAACAAAACAACCGCCAACACCAACUCCACCAACACCAACAGCACAGAUAACGACAGUAGCAAUGUCGCCAGCACCACAUCACCACCGCUGUCGCGAGUGCCACGCGUCGUGCCUGCCCUGCGCCUGGCAAAGGGACGUGUGGUUUCAAACGCGCUCGCAGACGUCACGCUUCCGUCCAGCAUGUACGAUGCCAUCACGGCGCCGUCACAGCAGUGGUCCAACACGGUCUCUGUGGCCACGCGCGUGCGCCUGUUGGAGAGAAUACCGCCGCCUGCGCCAAAGCGCGUUCGCGCCCGUGGAAAGAGCACAGCAACCGCAGCCGGGGCGAGCACACCCACCACCAACAAGAAGGCAAAGACAACCACAGCGACAGGGACACCAAGCACAUCAUCAGCAGCAACAACAGCAACAACAGCGACACGUGUGGCGUCUGCAUCGUCGGUUUCACCGUCAACGGCUGCGGGUGGCAGCAAGGGGGCGAAGGGCAAAGCAACGAAAGCGAAGGAGACCAAAGCCAGCGGCAACAACAACAACAACAACAGCAGCGCUGCAAAGGCAACGCCACCAACAAAGGGGCGUGGACGCGGGCGACCAAAGGGGUCUGGACGAGGCAGCAAGCAGGCAAGCAAGGCCAAGCAGGGCGCUGCUGGUGGUGGUGGCGGCGCCACCACGAAGGCUGGCGGGAGCAAGGCGAGCAAGGGGCGUGGUCGGGGAGCAGCCGCCACAUCGUCAUCGUCAUCGUCUGCAGCAGCAAAGACAAAGGGCAAGAAGGGGCCAGCAAAGAAUUCCAAGACAGCGGCGGCGGCAUCAAGCAAGAAGCCACACAAACCCGGGCCGCAGGCGCCAUCAUCGCCCCUGUUUGAGCAGGAAAUCUCCAUGGAGCCGUUACCCAUUGACACGCAACCGCCAGCGCGCCACAAAUACCGCUACCCGACGCAGCAGCAGCAGUCAACAACAGCCAUGGACGAGUUUGACUUUGGGCCGGAGUUUGAGAGUCUAUUUGGGACGCCAACAAUGGGCCCAAGCGCUGCUGGCGACGAUGCUGGCACGGGCGGCGGUGGCGGCGGUGUGGAGAUGAACGAGGAGGAGGUUGAGCAGUUGUUGGCAAACCCUGACCUGUUCCCGCUGGAGAUGGAGAUGGAAUUGUUAGGGGAUGUACCCCCACCCACCACUACCACGACCACACACCACCACCACCACCACCAGCAGCAGCAACAAGCACAGGAGCAAUACCAUCAGCAGCAGCAGCAACAGCAACAACAACAACAGCAGCAGCAGCAGCAGCAGCAGCAGCAGCAGCAGCAGCAACAGGGGACCACAAGUAUGACCAUGCAGGAUUUGCCUGACUCGGUUGAAUUGUUUCUGGCGAUGACCCAUGGACAGAGUGAUGAUAUCACCAGCUUGCUGUGAUGGGCAUGUGAAGCAAUGAGGGCUGGCUGGAUACGCGAGCUAAGAGCGUGUUUAAAGGAGGAUUGUACAUUGCGGUGGUAUGUUGACGUCGGCAGUAGAGGGGAUGUCUGGGCCGAGGGAGAAACACACACGCGCGUGUGAACAUGUGGUGAACACGCGUGUGUGCAACUUGUGUGAAUGCGUGAACACACGAGUGCAUGUGUGUGAACAUGUGUGUAUAUGUAUGUGUUAGCUCGCCUCGAGUGAAUUCUUCUUGUCUACUAGUAGCAAGCCGUGGCUGUCUGUUGGUGCAUGCAUGGCUGCUGUGCACAAUGUGCCCAGGCGCUCGUGUGUUUCACAUGAUGUUAUGUCCAUUUUUUUUCCAUUCGAUACGAACAGCGUGAGCUGUUUAUUGUUCAUUUCACACCACUUGUCGGUGAUGGUAGCAGCAGCUUGCCAGUGCAGUAGAAUUGCAUUGUAUGUACAUGUGUGCGCCAUUGUGAAUACAUGUGUGUGUGUGUGUUAGCUGGAGUGAUUGGUAGUGAUUGGGUGCUUGCCGAAUUUGUUGAUUUGUCUCGCAAAAGCGGCGCGUUUGACUCACAUGAGGUUUUACUUAAACGUGAAUGCGAACAAUAAACGCAAGACGCAAG